AUGCUGUCGUUGGUGUCAUGUGUCGCGGCUGCGCUCGCAGUUGCCGGCCGGGCUGAGAGUCGAAGCUAUGCGCUUUCCAAGACAUACGACGCCUCCAACUUCUUUGACGAAUUUGACUUUCAAACGACCGGCACGCAUACAGACCAGCCGGACGACAAUUGGUCAUGGGUGACGUACCAGACCAAGACGGAUGCCAUUAACAAGGGACUUGCCGCUGUAAAGAAUGGUCAAGUAUAUCUCGGCGUGGACUACACGAACACGCUACCGGCACAAGUCAGCGGACCGGGGCGACCUACACUGCGACUGUCGUCCAAGAACUCGUUCAAGCACGGGCUGGUCAUCACGACGUUCAGCCACCUACCUCAGCCUGUCUGCGGUGGCUGGCCGGGCUUCUGGACGGUUGGCACUGGGCAAUGGCCUACCGCCGGCGAGGUCGAUCUCUACGAGGGCUGGCAUCUUGCACCCAACAACAAGGUCGCGCUUCACGUCGGCCCCAGCAGCGCCAUCGGACAGUGCACCCUGGACCAGUCUUCACAGAACGCGCAGGUCCUCACCGGAAACUGCGACAACACAUUUGAGGAUGGUGUUCAUCAGUGGGCCAACCAGGGCUGCCAGUCCGAAGAAACCCAGAAUGGGAUUUGGGGAUCUCCCCAGGGCGGCAUCCAGGCCCUAGAAUGGACGAGCGAUUUUAUCAAAAUCUACACUUGGCCGAUCGGCUCGGCCCCCAGCAACAUUGCCUCCGCGCAGCCCGAUACUUCCUCCUGGGGCACGCCGUCGGUGCAGCUCGAGAAGCCCAACUGCGACACGGAGACUGCCUUUUCCGACCAGAAGCUCCUCUUCACCCUCCCAUUCUGCGGAAACCCGCCCGGAAACGACCAGUUCUGGUCCGCGCUGCCGGCGGACGGCAAGAGCGGCGCAACCUGCAAGAGCAUCACCGGCGAGGCGACCUGCGUCGACUACGUCGCCAAGAACCCGCAGGCGUUCAAGAACUUUUACUUUGGCAUCAAGGACAUUCGCAUCUUCAACGAGGUGAUCCAGAACCAGCUGUCGCUCGACGGCAGCAGCCCGUCGUUUACGUUCAACUACGCGACGAGCCAGGCCUCGGGCGACAACUGGAUCGGCAUCUGGCCCGCCGGCGACGCCAAGGCGCCGCAGUCCGGCAGCAGCGCCUGGGCGUACGCGAGCAAGAGCUCCGGCUCCGUGCUCAUCACGCCCUCCAGCUCCAUGACCGCCGGCAGCUACAAGGCGUACCUGCUCGCCGGCGACCGGACCAUCCUCGGCACCGUCUCGAGCUUCACCUACGCCGGGGGCUCCUCCGCGGCGUUUACCGUCAAGCCCCACUACAGCACCGGGUGCGCGGGCAGCGCGAACAACGCCGUGGACGUGCAGUCGGGCGGCGGCAUGUGUCUGAACACCAACUGCGGUGUUGGGAGCUUGGAUAUCGCUGCGGCGGGCAGCUGCCCGAGCGGCCAGGUAAGGUUGAGCUACUGGCAGGGGCAGGAUUGUGCGGGGGAUUGGUACGGGUACGGGUACGCGAGCAGGGGCACCUGCCGCGGGCUGUGGUCGGACGGGUGGAACUUCCAGUCGCUGUGGCUGUCCUGCGCGGACCCCAAGGAUGACUGCGUCGCCAAAGGCACCUGCGCGGCCGCCCCGGAGCCGUCCGUGGGGGUCUGCCGCGCCUCGUUCGCGCUGAAGACGCGGUACAACUCCAACUGCGGCGGCGCGGUGCACAACGAUGUCACGGUGGCGCAGGGCGGCGGCACCUGCAUCGACACGGACUGCGCGGUGGGUAGUCUGGAGGUGGCCGGCACGGGCAGCUGUCCGGACGGCCAGCUGCGGAUCAGCUACUGGGAGAAGGGCGGGUGUAGCGGCAAGUGGUUCGGGUACGGGUACGGGAGCAGGAACCAGUGUAGAUCGCUGUGGUCGGGCGGUUGGGGGUUCAAGUCGCUGUACGUGACGUGCGGGAAGCAGAGCGAUGAUUGUGUGAGUCGCGGGACGUGCACGGCGGACCAGCCGGGGAACUCGGUGUGUUAG